AUGCCCGUGUGGGGGCCACCCAGCCCGAAGUCCUGCUGGUGCCUGGUCAAAGUCUUAGAGCAGACGCGCCCCCGGCCCCGCCCCGCCCCGCCCCGCGGGGUCCCUCCCCUCCCGGCGGACGCGGCGGGCGGGGCCGGGCCGGACCGAGCCGAGCCGGGACACAGCCGCGGCGCCACCAGCCAGACCCCGGCCAUGAGCCGCACGCCGCUCCUGCUCCUGCUCCUGCUGCGCGGGCUCGCCGCGGGCCGGCCCGCAGCCGCUGCCACCCCGCGCCUCAAGCUGUCGUUCCCCGAGCUGCGGGCUCGCCAUGGGCUGCACCACUUCUCGCUGGAGCACUCCUGCUGCUACGAGGCCCUGCUGCUGGACGAGGAGCGCGGCCGUCUCUUCGUGGGCGCCAAGAACCACCUCCUCUCUUUGGCCCUGGAUGACAUCAGCCAGCGGGGCAGGAAGAUCUACUGGCCGGCUCCCGUGGAGUGGAGGGAAGAAUGCAACUGGGCCGGCAAGGACAUCACUGCUGAGUGCAUGAACUUUGUGAAGAUCCUGCACCCCUACAACCGGACCCACCUGUACGCCUGUGGCACUGGGGCCUUCCACCCAGUCUGUGCCUUCAUCGAGGCUGGCCAGCAUGCAGAAGAGCCCGUUUUCAAGCUGGACCCCCACCACAUUGAGGAUGGCAAGGGGAAGAGCCCGUAUGACCCCCGGCACACAGCUGCCUCUGUCCUUGUGGGCGAGGAGCUCUACUCUGGGGUGGCCACCGAUCUGAUGGGCCGUGACUUUACCAUCUUCCGCAGCCUGGGCCGGCGUCCCUCCAUCCGCACGGAGCAGCACGACUCUCGCUGGCUCAAUGAGCCCAAGUUUGUGGCCGUUUUUUUGGUGCCGGAGAGUGAGGACCCCGACGAUGACAAGAUCUACUUCUUCUUCCGUGAGACGGCGGUGGAACGGCAGCAGGGGCUGGGCAAGACCAGCUUCGCCCGCAUCGGCCAAAUCUGCCGGAACGACAUGGGCGGGCAGCGCAGCCUGGUGAACAAGUGGACGACAUUCCUGAAGGCUCGGCUAGUGUGCGCUGUGCCAGGGCCUGAUGGGGCAGACACCCACUUUGAUGAGCUCCGGGAUGUUUUCCUGUUGCAGACAAGAGACAAGCGCAACCCUCUGAUCUACGCCAUCUUCUCCACCUCCAGCUCUGUUUUCCAAGGCUCAGCUGUCUGUGUCUACACCAUGGCUGACAUCCGCCGGGCUUUCCUGGGCCCCUUUGCACACAAGGAAGGUCCCAACUACCAGUGGGUGUCUUACCAGGGCCGUGUGCCAUACCCCCGCCCAGGCAUGUGCCCCAGCAAAACCUUUGGCACCUUCGGCUCCACCAAGGACUUCCCAGACGAGGUGAUCCAGUUUGCCCGUCACCACCCACUGAUGUAUAACCCUGUCUUGCCCCAUGGCCAGCGCCCCCUGUUCCUGCAAGCCACCGUGCCCUACACUUUCACCCGCAUCGCUGUGGACCGUGUCACUGCUGCUGAUGGCCACUACGACGUCCUCUUCAUUGGCACAGAUGUGGGCACAGUGCUGAAGGUGGUCUCAGUGCCCAAGGAGAGCUGGCACCGCAUGGAGCCGCUGCUGCUGGAGGAGCUGCAGGUCUUCCAGGACUCCUCCCCCAUCAUCAGCCUGCAGCUCUCCUCCAAGCGGCAUCAGCUCUACGCUGGCUCAAGCACAGCGCUGGCCCAGCUGCCCCUGCACCGCUGCAGUGCCUAUGGCAAAGCCUGUGCCGAGUGCUGCCUGGCCCGGGACCCAUACUGCGCCUGGGAUGGCAACACCUGCACCCGCUACGUGCCCAACACCAAGAGGCGUUUCCGCCGGCAGGACGUCCGCAACGGUGACCCCAACGUGCUCUGCUCUGAAGAUCCCAGGCGGGACGCCGUGCCCCAGAAGCAGCUCUACGGGGUGGAGGGAAGCACCGUCUUUCUGGAGUGCAUCCCCAAAUCCCUGCAAGCCCGCAUCCUCUGGACAUACCAGCACAACCUGAAUGAUCCCCAGCGAGAGGUGCAGAUGGACGAGCGGGUGGUGCGGACGGAGCGGGGUGUCCUGCUGCGCAGCGUGCAGCGCUCCGACGCCGGCCUCUACCUCUGCCACGCCACGGAGCACGGCUUCACCCAGCCCCUGCUGCGGCUCUCCCUGGAGGUGAUCGGCGCCCGGCAGGCCACGGGCGCGGCGUCUGCCGGAGAGCCCCAGCUCGCCGCCGGGAUCCCCGGCCGCAAGGUCUGGUACCGGGACUUCCUCCAGCUGGUGGAGCGCCCGCCGCUGGGAGCCACGGACAAGGUGUGCCAGAGGCUGUGGAGCCGGGGCAGACCCCCGACACCGGCCCGCAGUGCCGCCGGGCCCCCCGGCCGCGGGCAGGGCGAGGAGCCGCAAGAGAGCCCGCCCGGCGACGCGACGAGGGGCCGCGGGCCGGCGGGGCCCCGCAGCGCAUCCCCCUGGUGA